GGAAAUGCUCGUCUCCUGCUGUUGAUGAAUAAUUUCAGAGUACUAUGGAUCAUGCUGAAGAAAAUGAAAUCCUUGCAGCAACCCAGAGGUACUAUGUGGACAGGCCUAUCUUUAGUCAUCCGGUCCUCCAGGAAAGACUGCACAAGAAGGACAAGGUUUCGGAUUCCAUCGGGGAUAAGCUAAAACAAGCAUUCACAUGUACUCCUAAGAAAAUACGAAAUAUCAUUUAUAUGUUCUUCCCCAUAACUAAGUGGCUGCCAGCAUACAAAUUCAAGGAGUAUGUGUUGGGUGACCUGGUCUCAGGCGUAAGCACGGGGGUGCUUCAGCUUCCUCAAGGUUUGGCCUUCGCAAUGUUGGCGGCCGUGCCUCCCGUGUUUGGCCUGUACUCUUCGUUUUACCCUGUUAUCAUGUAUUGUUUUCUUGGAACCUCCAGACACAUAUCCAUCGGUCCAUUUGCUGUUAUUAGCCUGAUGAUUGGCGGUGUGGCUGUUCGAUUAGUUCCAGAUGAUAUAGUCAUUCCGGGAGGAGUAAACGCAACCAAUGGUACGGAAGCAAGAGAUGCCUUGAGAGUGAAAGUCGCCAUGUCUGUGACCUUACUUUCGGGAAUCAUUCAGUUUUGCCUAGGUGUCUGUAGGUUUGGAUUUGUGGCCAUAUACCUCACAGAGCCCCUGGUCCGUGGGUUUACCACCGCCGCAGCUGUGCACGUCUUCACCUCCAUGUUAAAAUACCUGUUUGGCGUUAAGACAAAGCGGUACAGUGGGAUCUUUUCCGUGGUGUAUAGUACAGUUGCUGUGUUGCAGAAUGUUAAAAACCUCAACGUGUGUUCCCUAGGCGUCGGGCUGAUGGUUUUUGGUUUGCUGUUGGGUGGCAAGGAGUUUAAUGAGAGAUUUAAAGAGAAAUUGCCAGCACCCAUUCCUUUAGAGUUCUUUGCGGUGGUAAUGGGAACUGGCAUUUCGGCUGGGUUUAACUUGCAAGAAUCAUACAACGUGGAUGUCGUUGGGACACUGCCUCUGGGGCUGCUACCUCCAGCCAAUCCAGACACCAGCCUCUUCCACCUAGUGUACGUGGAUGCCAUUGCCAUAGCCAUCGUUGGAUUUUCAGUGACCAUCUCAAUGGCCAAGACCUUGGCAAAUAAACAUGGCUACCAGGUUGAUGGCAAUCAGGAGCUCAUUGCCCUGGGUCUGUGCAAUUCCAUUGGCUCACUCUUCCAGACUUUUUCAAUUUCAUGCUCCUUGUCUCGAAGCCUUGUUCAGGAGGGAACUGGAGGGAAGACACAGCUCGCAGGUUGUCUGGCCUCGUUAAUGAUUCUGCUGGUCAUUUUAGCCACCGGAUUCCUUUUUGAAUCAUUACCCCAGGCUGUGCUGUCGGCCAUUGUGAUCGUCAACCUGAAAGGAAUGUUUAUGCAAUUCUCAGAUCUCCCCUUUUUCUGGAGAACCAGUAAGAUAGAGCUGACCAUCUGGCUUACCACUUUUGUCUCCUCUUUGUUCCUGGGAUUGGACUAUGGUUUGAUUACUGCUGUGAUCAUUGCGCUGCUGACUGUGAUUUACAGAACACAGAGUCCGAGCUACAAAGUCCUUGGACAGCUUCCUGACACUGAUGUGUAUAUUGAUAUAGACGCAUAUGAGGAGGUGAAAGAGAUUCCCGGAAUAAAAAUAUUCCAAAUAAAUGCCCCAAUUUAUUAUGCAAAUAGCGACUUGUAUAGCAAUGCAUUAAAAAGAAAGACUGGAGUGAACCCAGCUGUCAUCAUGGGAGCUAGAAGAAAGGCCAUGAAGAAGUAUGCUAAGGAAGUUGGGAAUGCAAAUAUGGCCAACGCAACUGUCGUCAAAGUGGAUGCAGAAGUAGAUGGAGAAGAUGGCACCAAGCCUGAAGAAGAGGAUGAUGAAAUAAAAUUUCCCCCAAUAGUCACCAAGAGCACAUUUCCUGAAGAACUGCAAAGAUUUAUGCCCCCAGGGGAUAACGUCCACACCGUCAUUCUAGAUUUUACACAAGUCAAUUUUAUUGAUUCUGUUGGUGUAAAAACUCUGGCAGGGAUUGUAAAGGAAUAUGGAGAUGUCGGUAUUUAUGUGUAUUUAGCAGGAUGCAGUGCACAAGUUGUGAAUGACCUCAAUCAAAAUCGAUUUUUUGAAAAUCCUGCCUUAAAGGAGCUGCUGUUCCACAGCAUUCAUGAUGCAGUUUUAGGCAGCCAAGUUCGAGAGGCACUUGCUGAACAAGAAGCCUCGGCUCCCCCUCCCCAGGAGGACUCCGAGCCCAAUGCCACUCCCGAGGCCUAGAGGAGGAAGUCAGCCCCGGAAUGGGUUUUCAUGAAGAAAAUACUGCCAGAGGAAGAGUGGUCAGAUCCCAGGACAGAACUGUUAGCAAGGGUCUACCUAAAACCAGACUCUAUGGUGUGUUUGCUUUAACUCCUAUCAGGUUUCUCAGUGACUUUACUAAUUUAAUUCAAAGAAGACCCCUCCUUUCUAACCUAUACUUCAUCUAGAUCUAGAGUGAAAUUAGAUUGGCAUCCAGUUAUUUCCUUUGCACUCAUCACACGCAAGAUCAGAUACAUCUGCAUUCAGAUACAGACUGCCUUCUGAAAGAGCAUGUAGUUGUAGCACUUCGGCAUAUACUAGAAACUUUUGUAAAAGGGCCUGCAUCAUUUCAGCCAUUAAAUUAGAACUUAAGGAUUUUGAACAAUGUUAUACAAGACUUCAUUGCAUAGUCUUUAGCACUAGUCUUCAACAAUGCUUUACACAUAGCAGAUACUUGAGUCCUAGUUGAUACAUUGAUAGUGUACAGAAAAAGUGUCUAUACCUUACAAAUUUGUAUUUAACUUUUCUGUUCUUUAAUUUUUAACUUGUUUUGAAUAGAAUUCUACCAUGUACAUAAAAAGCACUUGUCUAA